AUAAAAAACAUCGAGGUCCAGGAACGAAGGACUCGAUGCGUCAACAAGAUGUCUCGGAGCAUCGCAACCGCUGCCUUGGCAUUAGUGACUCUUACUACUGGGGCAACAGCCGUACCAAGUGGAGGGUACAGCGACGUGGAACUUGGUAUCGCAGGUGGAAAAAACGCCACUCCAGGGCAAUUCCCAUGGCAUGUUAGACUGCAUAUCACAGUGAAGGACACGAGUUUCCUGUGCGGGGGAAGUUUGAUAACACCAACCGUUGUCGUCACAGCAGCCCACUGCGUAGACAAGGAUUCACCUGAUGUAACCGUCAUCGGAGGUCUUCAGUGGGAUGAACCACCGAGUGCAGUGCAGCACCGAAAAGCAGAAAAGUUCAAGAUUCAUCCGAGAACCUCCGGCCAUUGCAGAGUUGACAUCGCACUAAUCAAGCUGAAGGCUCCUUUCGACAUCAAAGGGAGCAACGGCACCGUCGGCACUGUUAAUUUGCCCCCAAGAAAGCACGAAGUGAACGGCGAAGUCGUCAUCACAGGAUGGGGAAGAAUUUCAGACACGGAACUGUCAACAACUCUGCGGUAUGCAACGAUUUCUGUGGCUGAUGACAGCGCAUGCGCCACAAGGUUCCCUUGCUACUCUGAGAAGAAUCUAUGUGCGGGAGGUGGUGGAAGAGGCAUCUGUCGGGGUGACUCCGGUGGCGGUGCAGUGGAGUACAAGAAAAAAUCAGCCGUGCUGGUCGGUAUUUCCUCCGGGGGAAAUGGCGGUUGCGGAAACUUACCCGCCUACUUUGUCCGCGUGUCUUCUUACGUCGACUGGAUCAAAUCCAACAUCAUAUAAACAACAAUGUCAAUGCAUAUAUGGGAUAGCAAUAGUUUUAUUUGCCAUUUUCUUAACUGGCCCCUGUUGUUGCUACUCUAGGACACGAUCCUUUACGACGAUAAUCACUUGUGUAGAGCGGUAAAUACCACAUGGUUUCUGUGUGAUUUAUGAAAGUUUUUUUUCUAUAUCAUUGCGCUUCUCGUAAAAGUAAAUUCAUGCUAACUGCAAGGAGUAAAACCAGGAAAGGAGAGUUUUUUCAGGCAUGUGUCGCUAUAGUUUGCUUGGCUUGAUGUGUUUUUUCAGCUCAAACGUUUGACUGACAAAAUAAAAAAUAAAAUACAGAAAAUAUUUAUGAAAGCACA